AUUUUUUCACUUGGUAAGUUUGGGGAGGUGUUUGUGACUUCAGUGAAGCCACAGAGCAGCAGCAGCAGCAGAUGGAGGUGACACAUGGAACUGAGCAUAUAGGACCAGAGAGACGCACGGUUUUUCUGUUUCUGUUUACGUUUGUGUUGCUGUUCAACAAUAAGAAAAGAAAUGGGGAAACUUCUUCUGUUAUUCUUCUUUGUUCUUUGUGUUAGUGGAACUCUCCAAAAGAAAGGAAAAACAAGGAACAAAGUGAAGAGAAACAACUCUGAGCCUGCGGUUGCCGUGCCCAGAACUUUUUUAGGAGACCCAUUCAUUCAGACCAACUUGUUUUCUGUCCUAAAUGGGACACAAGCUCCCCUUUCAUCUCACUCCCCUCCAGCACUGCAGUCUCUAAGCAACAACACAGCCAGCUAUCUCCGCGGCCCUCUGAGCACACGGGUCAUCCCAAUUAUUUAUAUGUUGGCGGUCACUGUCGGGAUCCCAGCCAACAUCGCCAUCUUGUACACUCUGGCCACUAAAAUUAGAAAGGUGUCCUCUGCCAUUCUGUACUGCAGCCUGACCGUCUCCGACCUCUUCCUCCUCUUCUCCCUCUUCUUCAAGGCUCACUACCAUUUCCAUGGAAACCACUGGGUGCUCGGGGAGGCUGCGUGUCGAAUGGUCACGGCCUGUUUCUAUGGCAACCUCUACUGCUCAGCCCAGACGCUGGCCUGCAUCAGCAUCAAGCAUUACCUGGCUGUCGUGCACCCGUUCAUGUACAAAAGUCUCCCCAAGAGGACGUUCAGUGGCUGGGUCAGUGUGGCCGUUUGGGGGGUGUUUGGUGCCGCUGUGGUACCCGAGCUCGUCGUCCAGCAGAGCUACUGGAUCCCUGAGGUGGGCCGCAUCACCUGCCAUGACGUUUUGCCUUUGUACUAUGACUCCCAUGUCUUCCUGCUCUACUACAACCUGUUUCUAACCAUAUUUGGCCUCCUGUUGCCACUUGUGGUCACGAUGGUGUGCUAUGCCCGCAUCGUGUCCGAGCUCAACAGAUCGCACUAUGACUGGGCGAUGUACAUCAAGGCCAGCUCCCUGGUGUUAAUCAUCUUCAUGGUGUGUUUCACUCCCGCUGGAGUCCUGCAUUUUGUCCAUUAUGUGCAACUGUUUGCAGAUGGAACUGAGAGUUUGUAUGUGCACUUUAAAAUGGCGGUGUGUUUGUGUUGCCUCCAUGCCUGUCUGGACCCCUUCCUCUUUGUCAUCAUGUCCAAGUCUGCAGGCUCCAGGCUUUACUCUAGGGCCGUUAAAGGCAAGACUCUGAGCCUAUCCAUCUAACAGAGACUUACAUGUUACCAAAAACUGUCUUUGAUUGAGAUCUAGCAACAUAUGAAGAUGAAGAUUUUCUCUAUGGCUGGAAUCCAAAGAGAAAGCAAACUCGACUGUAUUUAUGAUAAACAAGCAAUGGACAGACUUCCUGUUGCAUUAAAUGUGUUCUCUGCAAGUAGAUUAAAUAUUUUUGUAUAGCAAUACAGUUUUCAUGUGUGUGAGUGUGAUGUGAGCCUGUUUAUACAUGUACAUGGUAAUAACAUGGGUCACUGUCACUCCUGUGUUUACUGAACAUCUCCUACUGACCACUUGUGUUCAAAUUACAUAACUGUCUACGCCACUUAUGCUAGAAGGCCAAAAGGCCCCGUUCACAGUGUUUAUGUCCACACUCUCACUAGCUGCCCACUAGCAUGCUCACGUUAGCAGUUGUGUUGGUACAGCUGAAGAUAUUGUCAGCAGAAUUAAUCACGUCUCGUUCCAAAGGGCAAAAUGAUGGAUGGUCAUACAGAACUGGAUCUGAACUUCAUCCUACUUGUUGUAAAAUGGGCAAGUUAUAGAGUGCUAGUGCGCCAUCACCAAACCAACCACCACAUUCUGCAUUGAUGACAUAGUCCCACAGGCGCAUCAGUGUCUUUGAGUGUCCUCCUGGGCGGUACGUGUGUCAGGGGGGGCCCUGACACUUUGGGCCCCUGACCCCAGUGGUGCCUAGUAGGCCCGUUUAGUAAUCCAUCCAUGGAUAUGUGGUCAAAUGUGUCCCAGACCACCUCUGCAGUAGGUUCAAGUGUUGUCCACUUGGAUCACUCAGGACACAGUUUAAUACCUGUAACUGUAAACAAGGCUGCAAAGAGGGAUAGGACCUAAAUAUGUUAAUGUGUGUGUAUGUAAGAAAUGGGAAAAAAAGUAUAUAUAAACUGAAUUUUUAAAAUGAAGUCUUGCAGGCUUUUUGUAUUUCUGUUGUCAUAUGGAGCAUUGAUGAUUAAAAUGAAACUUCACUUUGUCUCAGCUAUUUUGGUUAUUUAGUGUCUAAUUUUUACUUGGAUAUUUUGCAGCCUAGCUUUAGAUAUAUAUUGAAGUAAGUGCUUUGUUUAACUAAGCCUUUAAACUCAUCAAGAGGAGAAUAAAUCAUUAACCUCCCCCCGCCAGUGGGUGGAGGUUCCUGAAA